UUCCUCUGCUGCUGCGCAGAGAACCGGAGAGUUUCCGCCGCCCGCCGCCGAGUUUUGCUCUUCCGCUUCAGCUAACCUUGUUUUCCAUUGCAGACGCGCGCGCUCUCUCUCUUUGAGCAUACUUAACCCUAAAGCUCCUCUUCUUCUCGCCAGCUCAGAGGAAGAGAUGGGGGACGCUAGGGACAACGAUGCCUACGAAGAAGAGCUCCUCGACUACGAAGAAGAGGAUGACAAAGCCCCCGACUCCGUCAACGCUAAGGCCAACGGCGAGGCCGCUAAAAGGGGAUACGUGGGAAUUCACAGUUCAGGGUUCAGAGACUUCCUCUUGAAGCCAGAGCUGCUUCGAGCUAUUGUUGACUCUGGAUUUGAACAUCCCUCUGAAGUUCAACAUGAGUGUAUUCCGCAAGCCAUUUUGGGCAUGGAUGUCAUUUGUCAAGCUAAAUCCGGAAUGGGAAAGACUGCUGUUUUUGUCCUGUCGACUUUGCAGCAGAUUGAGCCAGUUGCAGGGCAAGUUGCUGCACUUGUCCUCUGUCAUACGAGGGAAUUAGCUUAUCAGAUAUGCCACGAGUUUGAGAGGUUCAGUGUAUAUCUACCUGAUAUCAAGGUUGCUGUGUUCUAUGGUGGCGUGAAUAUCAAAAUCCAUAAAGAACUAUUGAAGAACGAGUGCCCCCAUAUUGUUGUUGGAACUCCUGGCCGGAUACUUGCUCUAGCGAGAGAUAAGGACCUUUCUUUAAAGAAUGUCAGGCAUUUCAUACUCGAUGAGUGUGACAAGAUGCUUGAAUCGCUUGACAUGAGGAGAGAUGUGCAGGAGAUAUUCAAGAUGACCCCACAUGAUAAGCAAGUCAUGAUGUUCUCAGCAACACUCAGCAAGGAGAUCCGUCCAGUUUGCAAGAAGUUUAUGCAAGAUCCAAUGGAAAUAUAUGUCGACGAGGCCAAGUUGACUCUUCAUGGUCUUGUACAGCACUACAUCAAAUUGAGCGAAGCGGAGAAAAAUCGCAAAUUGAAUGACCUACUUGAUGCAUUGGACUUCAAUCAAGUUGUCAUAUUCGUCAAGAGUGUGAAUAGAGCUGCAGAACUGAAUAAGUUACUAGUGGACUGCAACUUCCCCUCAAUAUGCAUUCAUUCUGGCAUGUCCCAGGAGGAAAGGUUAACACGCUACAAGGGCUUUAAGGAGGGGCAUAAAAGAAUCCUGGUUGCUACAGACUUGGUUGGUCGGGGAAUAGACAUUGAGCGCGUCAACAUCGUGAUCAACUACGAUAUGCCAGAUUCUGCUGAUACUUAUCUGCACAGGGUUGGUAGAGCUGGGAGGUUUGGGACUAAAGGACUUGCAAUCACGUUUGUUUCCUCCGCCUCUGAUUCUGACAUUCUCAAUCAGGUACAAGCGCGAUUUGAGGUCGACAUAAAGGAGCUUCCUGAGCAGAUUGAUACUUCUACAUAUAUGCCAUCUUAAAGGAUUGCUUGGUGAUAUCGAAGGCUUCACUGUUCGCAGAAGAUGGGUUUUGCUGCCAGAAGCGUUGUGGGUUUUGUUCUUCGAACUUUUUGACAAACUCUUGCGUUGUGGAGAGUUGCGUGCUUCUGGUGGCUACCCUUUCUUUAAGGAGUUUGUAAUUUUUAGUACUGAGCCAUGUCUACUCUGCUUUUAUCUUAUAUCGGGUGUGCCAUUAGAGUUCGAGCAUUAUUUUUGACAUUUAAUUGCAGCAAUACUUUAGUGACUUA